GUGUCGGCAGUCCGACCCCGACUGCCCGCACCCCCUCCGCGGGGGUCCCCCAGAGCUUGAAAGCUCGAAGUCUGGCUGUGGCCAUGGGAGAUACAGUAGUGGAGCCUGCCCCCCUGAAGCCAACUUCUGAGCCCACUUCUGGCCCACCAGGGAAUAAUGGGGGGUCCCUGCUAAGUGUCAUCACGGAGGGGGUCGGGGAACUAUCAGUGAUUGACCCUGAGGUGGCCCAGAAGGCCUGCCAGGAUGUGUUGGAGAAAGUCAAGCUUUUGCAUGGAGGCGUGGCAGUCUCUAGCAGAGGUGCCCCACUGGAGUUGGUCAAUGGGGAUAGUGUGGACAGUGAGAUCCGUUGCCUAGAUGAUCCACCUGCCCAGAUCACGGAGGAGGAAGAUGAGAUGGGAGCCACUGUGGCCUCAGGCACAGCCAAAGGAGCAAGAAGACGGCGGCAGAACAACUCAGCUAGACAGUCUUGGCUGCUGAGGCUGUUUGAGUCAAAACUGUUUGACAUCUCCAUGGCCAUUUCAUACCUGUAUAACUCCAAGGAGCCUGGAGUACAAGCCUACAUUGGCAACCGGCUCUUCUGCUUUCGCAAUGAGGAUGUGGACUUCUAUCUACCCCAGUUGCUUAACAUGUACAUCCACAUGGAUGAGGAUGUGGGUGAUGCCAUUAAGCCCUACAUAGUCUACCGUUGCCGCCAGAGCAUUAACUUUUCCCUCCAGUGUGCCCUGUUGCUCGGGGCCUACUCUUCAGACAUGCACAUUUCCACUCAGCGACACUCCCGUGGGACCAAGCUACGGAAGCUGAUCCUCUCAGAUGAGCUGAAGCCAGCUCACAGAAAGAGGGAGCUGCCCUCCUUGAGCCCGGCCCCUGACACAGGGCUGUCUCCCUCUAAAAGGACUCACCAGCGCUCUAAGUCAGAUGCCACUGCCAGCAUAAGUCUCAGCAGCAACCUGAAACGAACAGCCAGCAACCCUAAAGUGGAGAAUGAGGAUGAGGAGCUCUCCUCCAGCACCGAGAGUGUUGAUAAUUCAUUCAGUUCCCCUGUUCGACUGGCUCCUGAGAGAGAAUUCAUCAAGUCCCUGAUGGCGAUCGGCAAGCGGCUGGCCACGCUCCCCACCAAAGAGCAGAAAACACAGAGGCUGAUCUCAGAGCUCUCCCUGCUCAACCAUAAGCUCCCUGCCCGAGUCUGGCUGCCCACUGCUGGCUUUGACCACCACGUGGUCCGUGUACCCCACACACAGGCUGUUGUCCUCAACUCCAAGGACAAGGCUCCCUACCUGAUCUAUGUGGAAGUCCUUGAAUGUGAAAACUUUGACACCACCAGUGUCCCUGCCCGGAUCCCCGAGAACAGAAUUCGAAGUACAAGAUCUGUAGAGAACUUGCCCGAAUGUGGUAUCACCCAUGAGCAGCGAGCCGGCAGCUUCAGCACUGUCCCCAACUAUGACAAUGAUGAUGAGGCCUGGUCAGUGGAUGACAUAGGCGAGCUGCAGGUGGAGCUCCCUGAAGUGCACACCAACAGCUGUGACAACAUCUCCCAGUUCUCUGUGGACAGCAUCACCAGCCAGGAGAGCAAGGAGCCUGUGUUCAUUGCAGCAGGGGACAUCCGCCGGCGCCUUUCGGAACAGCUGGCUCACACCCCAACAGCCUUCAAACGAGACCCAGAAGAUCCUUCUGCAGUUGCUCUCAAAGAGCCCUGGCAGGAGAAAGUACGGCGGAUCAGAGAGGGCUCCCCCUAUGGGCAUCUCCCCAAUUGGCGGCUCCUGUCGGUCAUCGUCAAGUGUGGGGAUGACCUUCGGCAAGAGCUGCUGGCCUUUCAGGUGUUGAAGCAACUGCAGUCCAUUUGGGAACAGGAGCGAGUGCCCCUCUGGAUCAAGCCAUACAAGAUCCUUGUGAUUUCAGCCGACAGUGGCAUGAUUGAACCAGUGGUCAAUGCCGUGUCCAUCCAUCAGGUGAAGAAACAGUCACAGCUCUCCUUGCUCGAUUACUUCCUACAGGAGCAUGGCAGUUAUACCACUGAGGCAUUCCUCAGUGCCCAGCGCAAUUUCGUGCAAAGUUGUGCUGGCUACUGCUUGGUCUGCUACCUGCUGCAAGUCAAGGACAGACACAAUGGGAAUAUCCUUUUGGACACAGAAGGAUAUUCCCAUUGCCACAUCAUCCACAUCGACUUUGGCUUCAUCCUGUCCAGCUCACCCCGAAAUCUGGGCUUUGAGACGUCAGCCUUGAAGCUGACCACAGAGUUUGUGGAUGUGAUGGGCGGCCUGGAUGGCGACAUGUUCAACUACUAUAAGAUGCUGAUGGUGCAGGGGCUAAUUGCUGCUUGGAAACACAUGGACAAGGUAGUGCAGAUCGUGGAGAUCAUGCAGCAAGGUUCUCAGCUUCCUUGCUUCCAUGGUUCCAGCACCAUUCGAAACCUCAAAGAGAGGUUCCACAUGAGCAUGACUGAGGAGCAGCUGCAGCUGCUGGUGGAGCAGAUGGUGGAUGGCAGUAUGCGCUCUAACACCACCAAACUCUAUGACGGCUUCCAGUACCUCACCAACGGCAUCAUGUGACACGCUCCUCAGGCCGGGAGUGGUGGGGGGUCCAGGGCACCCUCCCUAGAGGGCCCUUUUUCUGAGAAACCCCAAACCAGGAAACCCCACCUACCCAACCAUCCACCCAAGGGAAAUGGAAGGCAAGAAACCUGAAGGAUCAUGUGGUAACUGCGAGAGCUUGCCAGGGGGUAGGAGAGCCAGUUGUGGGGUCCAGACUUGCUGGGGCUUCCCUGCCCCCCUGCUCUGUGUCAGUGUUACCACCGGACAGACUCCAGGACUCACUGCCCUCCAGAGAACAGAGGCGAUGAACAUGAGGGACGCUGGGGCCUUUCUUCUCCUUGUAGGGGUCUGAAGGGCUCUUUCCACAGGCCAUCUUUAUUCCGUUCUGGGGCCCAGGAAGCAGGGAAGAGUAGGUUCUCGGUACUUAGGACUUGAUCCUGUGGUUGGCCACUGGCCAUGCUGCUGCCCAGCUCUACCCCUCCCAGGGACCGACCCCUGGCCCAAGCUCCCCUUGCUGGGCGCUGCGUGGGCCCUGCACUUGCUGAGGUUCCCCGUCAUGGACAAGGAAGGGAAUUCCCACAGCCCUCCAGUGUACUGAGGGUACUGGCCUAGCCACGGGGAAUUCCCUACCCUGACUCCUUCCCUAAACCCAGGGAAAAGAGCUCUCAAUUUUUUAUUUUUUAUUUUUGUUUGAAAUAAAGUCCUUAGUUAGCCA